CUUGACAUUAGAGCUUUAGAUAACAGACCAUCGAGUGUGAUAUUUGCAAAGAUUAUUUUGGAUUCUUGUGCGGAUAAUGCGAAAAAGCUUUCUUACCCAAGUAAACAAUAAAUGAAUGACCUGGAUGAGUGUAAAUGUAAAAUGGACUCUAGUUCACAGGAAGAUACCUCUCUUGUGAUGCCCGUCUCACAAGCAGUGCGUGCCAAGAGUUUGUUACGUGCAAACUUGGAGAGUUCUCGUGGAAACUUAUUACAAAGCAGAAUGCCGAAUAUUAAAGUAUUCAGCGGAUCGUCGCACCCGGAAUUGGCGCAAAGAAUUGUUGACAGACUUGGAAUUGACAUCGGCAAAGUUGUCACGAAGAAAUUCAGCAACCUCGAAACAUGCGUGGAAAUCGGAGAAUCCGUGCGAGGAGAAGAUGUUUACAUUGUGCAGAGCGGUAGCGGAGAAGUAAAUGACAAUCUGAUGGAACUGCUAAUAAUGAUUAACGCUUGUAAAAUUGCAUCUGCAUCUCGUGUAACUGCGGUCAUUCCGUGUUUUCCUUAUGCUAGACAGGACAAAAAGGACAAGGGAGGUGACGAAGGGGACAAGUCAGAUUCAUCAAAGAGUCGUAUUGUCAUGAGAACACACGAGUGGAAAUUCAGGAGUCGCGCUCCUAUUUCGGCGAAACUUGUCGCAAAUAUGCUCUCGGUGGCUGGAGCGGAUCAUAUCAUCACAAUGGACUUACACGCGAGCCAAAUUCAAGGCUUCUUUGACAUUCCAGUGGACAAUCUCUUUGCUGAACCAGCUGUUCUUAAAUGGAUAAAGGAAAAUAUUGUCGAGUGGCGAAAUAGCAUUAUCGUUUCUCCGGACGCUGGUGGUGCCAAAAGAGUGACGUCUAUAGCCGACAGGCUAAAUGUCGAGUUUGCAUUGAUUCACAAGGAGAGAAAGAAGGCGAACGAGGUGGCGAGUAUGGUUUUAGUUGGAGACGUCAAAGACAGAAUAGCAAUUCUCGUCGACGAUAUGGCCGAUACUUGUGGAACGAUUUGUCAUGCAGCUGAGAAAUUAUUGGAGGCGGGAGCGACGAAAGUUUAUGCCAUUUUGACCCAUGGAAUAUUCAGCGGUCCCGCCAUUACGAGAAUCAACAAUGCUUGUUUUGAAGCUGUUGUCGUAACCAAUACCAUUCCACAAGACGCUCACAUGAAAGAUUGCCCCAAGAUCCAGUGCAUCGACGUCUCGAUGAUGUUUGCUGAAGCAGUAAGGAGGACGCACAACGGCGAAUCAGUGUCGUAUUUGUUCUCGAAUGUACCAUAUUAAUUUUUUUUUAUUUUUUUUUUAAAGUUUCAUUUGACAUGAAACUGUUAUUAAAAUAAGAACAUAAGCGUCCUUUUUAGUUGCCAAAAACAAUUUGCUGGAAAAAUUUUUUGAGAAUAAAGAAACUGUAAAAAAAAGAUAACAGCGAUAAAUUGUAAGUUUGAAAAAAAACGAUAUGAAAUUUACAGUUUCUGUUUCUCAAAAAUCUGGCAAAUUUUGUUAAAUGUUUUCUCUAAUCACCAAAGGCAAAACUUUUUUUUUGUGCUAAUCUCUUUCUCUUCGAACGAGUUGUUUAAUUCAUGUGUCAUCAUCGUGUCAUUACAGUAAGAGUUAUUUUCUUAUUCUUUCCGAAUUGUACACGUAGACUCGUCUUGAAUGUAGUUGAUUUUUAUUGCACCAUCUUUUCUAUCACCGGAAAUAGAAUGGAGAACUUUUAAAGUUCUCUCGUCGUCCGGAUAACGGAAGCUUAUUUUGCAAAAAGAAAUUUAUGGUUUUAAAACCACUUUUUUGAAUCUGUACAAAAUUUUUAUAUUUACUUUUUCGCACUGGUUUGUGAAAAGUUAAUUUUCUCCUGAUUGAUGAAUUUUUUAUACAUUUUUUUUUAAAGGGAAAUUAUUCUAUAGUGAUUAGUUUUUUUUAGAUGAUAUUUUUCUUCUGGGACGAGUUUCUUUUUUUCUUUGUUUGUUUGAAUAGUAAAAAAGAAUUCUCGUCAUAAAAAUUUAUUGUAAUUAUCUUCAAAAUGAAUUUGAUAUUAAAAAUUGAAUACAGAAGACACUUUUUAUCGUCCACGAUUUUACAAUCGUUAGAUUGUCUUAGUUUUUAGAAAGAAUUAUUCGAGAAAAGAAGGAAUUUUCUAUUUUAAAUCUCUAUACACUUUGUUAUCAAUAUACACUUUCGUUAUCUGAAGGAUGAAUGUACAAAUAAAUACUGUUAUUAGUAUUUUAAUUUAAGAAUUAAACUGGUAAUUUAAAUCAUAUAUAAUUUAAAAUAGAAAGCUGACUUUAAAUUAACUUUGUUGAUUUUGAAUUAGACAAUGAAACUCAUUUUUAAUAA